UUCGAUGUUGAUUACACUCCCCUAAACUAGGUAGGGCCUUGCCACUGAUGGCAGUUUAGGGUGCAUUUUACUACGUUACCUCAUCCCUUCUAAGUCUAUUAGGUCCAUCUUACUAUUAUAUAUAAUAGAAAACCAUGGCAGACGACGAAUUAGAUGCAAUUAGGCGGCAAAGAAUGGCGGAGCUACAGGCAAAGCACGGGGAUGCUUCAAAUAAUCAGCAGCAAGGAGAGGAGGCCAAACAGAGAGAAACAGACAUGAGGAACUCUAUAUUGGCUCAAGUUCUCGACCAGUCUGCCCGUGCCAGAUUGAACAAUCUUGCUUUGGUGAAGCCGGAGAAGGCCAAAGCAGUUGAAAACUAUCUCAUUCAAAUGGCUCGUUUUGGAAAAUUGGGAGCAAAGAUUUCGGAGUCAGGCUUGAUCGAGAUUCUAGAAAAAGUCAGUCAGCAAACAGACAAGAAGACGACUGUCACAUUCAACAGGCGGAAGGUGAUGGACUCGGAUGAUGAGGAUGAUUACUAACUUUAAACGGGAGCCCAGGAACAGGCCAAGAAAUCUGGAGAGGAUAUGCUUCACUGGGACUCUGAUGCUAUCUUUGACCUGUUAGAUGAAUCUGGGAUGCCACACUAGCUUCUGUGUGUCUCUGGAAACCACAUUACCAAGAGGGAAGAACAAAGUGGAGUUGACAUUGUGGGGGGAUGGUGGGGGUAGAAUACACACACUGUCAAAUAAGGGGCUCUUUUGCGAUCUCUUUUCAAUCAAGUAGCUACUAAUGUGCUCUGCUUGUGUUUUACCCCUGACUGCUCAUGGCACUGUUUGACUCCUCUAGUCCAUCUCAAGUUUCAAGUUAUUUGAAGUAGUUUCUCUCUUUUUCUUUAUUUUCGCCAUGUUUGACUUCUGUUCUUCAAUCACAAGAAGCUAGACAAAAUGCAAAACACACUGCUGCUGAUGCAUUUUAUCUAGACUGUGAAUACAGUACAUUGUUCUCUGGUCAGGGCCAGCAUCCCAUUAACUUUGGAUGUUGCACUUGGAUAUUUUCUUUUUGCUGACAUGUAUCUUAAAGGUUUACAUAAAACAAUUUAAAAAAGCCUUACAUUUAAAUGUUUGUUUUUCUAGUGAACCUCUUCUAAAAUGAUUAUUAUAUGAAAAAGUGUUCAACCAUUUUGAAAAGGUUUGUAUUUGUUUUACACAACUAUCGCGGUUGUGACUAGGCUCAAAUCAAGAACAGGAAAUCAUCACACUGUAUCCUCAUUAGCAUAGAAAAGGUUGACUUACUGUUUCUUUAUGACUAUUUCUGCUGAAUCAACAAUUUCAAGAGUUAACAGAUUGCCAAGUGUAUCCAACUACUUUUAAAAUAAAAAACACAACGGAGAAA